CAGCAACCCUAGCCUGUUUUCGGGCAUUUUGGUCGAGCACAUGGAAAGAAGCAAGGUGGCCCUGGCCGCGGCCGUGGGGGCGGUGGCCGGCGCCGCGGGCGCCGCGGCCGUGCUCCGUGCGAAGCGGACGGCCCCGAGCCAGGCGUUUCGGGAAGCGGAGGCAAAGCUUUUGGAGCAGCUGCGGGCGGUGCAGGUGGUGCCCGUCUUGUCCAUUGAGGACGCUGCAAAGGCUGCAGUUUUGGCAGAUUCCCUUGUGGAUGGGGGCUUCUCAGUGAUCGAGGUCGUCUUUCGAGGAGCAGCCGCACAGUCUCUCAAGACGAUGGCGAAGACGGGGGCCUUCGUAGGAGCCGGAACCGUGCUAACAGCGCAGCAGGCAGCAGAAGCAGUCCGUGCGGGGGCGAAGUUCAUUGUGACCUUGGGCUUGAACCCGGAGGUGGUGGACUGGUGCCUGGAUCAUGGCAUCCCAGUCAUCCCCGGCGUGGCGUCGCCCACGGAGGUAGAGCAGGCUAGUAGGAAGGGCCUCACGACGCUGAAAUUCUUCCCAGCGGAGGCCAACGGCGGCCCGGCUGCGCUCAAGGCGAUUGCCGCGCCCUAUCCUCAUCUCCAUUUUUACCCAACGGGCGGCAUCACGGAAAAGAAUCUGCAGGCCUAUUUGCAAAUCAAGCAGGUCAUUGCCGUGGGAGGCAGUUGGAUGCUUCCUCGGGAUGCAGUGGCCUCUGGAAAUAUGGAGCUGCUCAAGACCCUCGCGCACAGCACUUUGCAGGUUGCUCGUGGCGGCGUGGGCCUGGCAAUGGGAGCCAAGGUGGCCACGGCGUCCAUCGAUCAAAGCGCGCGGCUCUGGAGCAUCAGCUCCGGGGAAUGCCUCAUGACCUUCACCGGCCACACGGACCAGGUGAUGUGCGUGGCGUUCUCGCCGGACGGCCAGCUCCUGGCGACCGCCUCGACGGACAAGACGGCGAAGCUGUGGCUUUGCUCCAACGGCCAAUGCGCCGCAACCUGCGUGGGCCAUUCAGGCCCAGUCUACACCGCGUUCUUCUCACCAGAUGGAUGCAAUCUCCUGACCGCAUCCCACGAUCGAACCGCCAAGAUUUGGGACACGACGAGUGGCGCCUGCGAAAGGACAUUGGGAAAAUUUGACCGGACAGUGCACAGCGCCGCGUACUCUCCGGACGGCAAGAUGAUCGCCACAGCGACAGAUGACAGCGAGGUCAUCAUCUGGGAUUCUGCCUCCCUGCAGGAGGUGCGGAGAAUCACUGGCCAUGAGAAGAAGGUCUUCAGCGUGCAGUUUUCGCACGACGGUGGUCUUCUGCUGACAGCCUCCAUGGAUGGUUCUGCCAGGAUCACCGAGGUGCAGACGGGCAAGGAAAGGCUGGUGAUCUCAGGCCAUGGCGAUUGGCUGCGGUGCGCCGCCUUCUCCCCCGACAGCCUCAAGGUGGUCACAGCAUCAGGCGACGGCAAGGCCAAGACCUGGAGCGCGUUCACCGGUCAGCCGCUGCUGACGCUGAGUGGCCACCAAGACUGGCUUCGUAUGGCUGCAUUCUCCGCAGAUGGGGGAGCGAUCGUCACCGCCUCCAAAGAUGGCACCGCUAUGGUGUGGCGUGCUGACAAUGGCGAGCGCAUGCGGAAGCUGGAUGGCCACAAAGCCUGGGUUAGGUGGGCCGCAUUUGCGCCAGACCAUCAGCGAAGAUUGAGCGUGGAAUUCGCCGAACUUUGACAUCACAAGUCAACACUGCCGGGUGAGGACUGACGAGGAGUUCUGUGGGGCGAUUCUUUGACAAGCUUGUGUGUCAACCGUCGGCUUUUGGCUUUGACUCGAUUGCUUGGUGAAUCUCGACGCAAGUCCACCAAGCACUCGUCUCAGAAUGAUUCAGAAUCGCCUUCAAAGAAGGCUGCACGACUCCGCGAUGAGGGCUUUAGCGGCACCGGCCCUUGGUCGUGGCGGCUUGGUGAGCCGCACUUGCCAAUUCGAAUCGAUUCGUUUCGUGGAGAAAACAAAACUGCAACACAAGACGUCAAGUUGACUAUGCCAUCGUUGCACAACUGCUGUGAGCAGUGCACCGCAGGGUUU